GUGAAUAUAUAUGGAGAACAAUAUUUCUAGUGGAGUGAGGAAAGGUACUUGGACUUCAGAAGAAGAUGCUCUCUUGAAAAAAUGCAUUGAGGAUUAUGGAGAAGGAAAGUGGCAUUUGGUCCCUAUAAGAGCAGGGUUGAAAAGAUGCCGGAAGAGUUGCAGAUUGAGAUGGUUAAAUUAUCUCAAGCCAGAUAUUAAAAGAAGUCACUUUACUACAGAUGAAGUUGAUCUCAUUAUGAGGCUUCAUAAGUUGUUAGGCAAUAGAUGGUCACUCAUAGCUGGUAGACUUCCGGGAAGAACAGCAAACGACGUGAAGAACCUCUGGAAUGGCCACAUUGACAAAACAAGGAGGGCCAAAGUCGAGAAAAUCAUUACACGCAGCAACAUCUUAAAACCCCGAUCUCGAAUUCCCUCCAACUUGAAAGUACGUCGGCCGAGCUUGGAAACAAGAGAAACAAUACCUCCAUCAGAUCUUGUCUCUAUAACUAAUGAAGGUCCUGAUGAAUAUUACAAACAAUAUCCAUCUUCUGAAGCUGAUGAAUGCAUAAGGUGGUGGAGCAACUUGCUUGAGACGACCAAUAUGGAAAAUGUGAUGGUUGACGAUCUAGAGAAACAAACAGGGGAAACAUCAGCGCGCUUGCAUGAUGGAGACAAUGUCCAUCGAGACAAUGCGAUCUUGGAAGGUGAUGGAGAUGAGUUCGGUGAUUUGAACAUUGUGGAUUUUGGGGAACUUAUGUGUGACGAAUGGUAAUUCGCGAUCCGUGUUUGGCGUUGGAUUGGAGGGUUAAAUGUACUUUUCAUCCUGUAACUUAUGU